ACCGAGUAGGCUAUAGUACAUGCAUAACGGCUGGGGAAACAAAAGGCAUAUUAGAUUUAUUGAUCAUGUUGUCUGGUGACAGAUGGCCGUCUCUUCAUCAAUACAGAUGCCAUUACCAACUGUUGUGGUUGUCUUUGGCCGGGCAUCCAUCCGGAUGUGUAGGAUGUCCCCACAGUUUCCCGAAUGUGAGAUUGGCAUAAUCAUGUAGCAGAGGAGAAACUUUAAGAUCACACGGCAUCGGGGCCUAUAUUCGUUGCAUGGUCACUCUACCAACAGCAUGGCAAUUCGCUAUCAUACGCUGGGCUAGGAGGAAUGAUGUCACAACAGCAACUGCAACAAAAAUAAAAAGUAUGUGUCUCCAUGCUCUUUAACGACAAAAUGUAGGCACUGAAGACAACAAAUAGUAUUCUCUUAGAUGGCUAGCCCUCAUCAAAACAGAUCCUCUAUAGCUAGUUGAUUGUGAAAAUAAUAUACUUAAUGUUAAGAAAGCGUUGAUGCCUCAGACACAGAAUCCACGGUGCCGCAGGCGUGUGAUGAUGCACUGAAGGGAUCAAGGUCGCCGUUAGAUGUCAUUUUCGCUCUCGAAUCGAUCGAUCAGGCUUUCCUUUGCCGCCAAUCUCGUGUUCAUGAAGUGAAGACGAGGAACCUGGCAGGGAUUUUAUUGCCUCUCGUCAUUCAUUCGGCUGGCAGCUGCACUGUUUUCUUAUUUGGAUGCUUUGAAAUGGCGCUUGCUUGGAUGAUAGGCAUGAAAUACUGUUACUGCUGUUACAUGAUUGGCAUCCAGGGAUUUCCGAAAACAGUGUUUGAUGAUAGUUCUCGUCUUAUAGACCAAUCACGCGGCAUCAAUUCUGCUUUUUCCGGCAAGGACCAGCAUUGAGCCAAUCACUCGGAAAAUAGGAAAAAUUUGGACACUUCCUGUCAAGGCUUUAAAGGAAACUAGUCACCAUUGAGACUUAAAAGGGAAUAGCUUUCUGCAGCAUUCAUAGCCGGGAUGCGGACUCGCAUGUGGUGAACACAAUUUAUUUUGAAUUAGUGUCCUUUUGGAAUUCUUUAAUAUAAGAUAUUGAAUCCCACUGGUACAUGUAUUUAUAUAUACAACAUGGACGGGUCACCAGACAUACCGGAGAAAAAGGUUCUAAUAGGAGUCGACACUAGUGAACACUCGGACUAUGCUUUUCAGUAUUACAUAGAACAUCUUCAUCAGCCCAACAACCUGGUCAUCCUGGCCCACAGUUCAGAGUCUCCCUACCACUAUGCCAAGCACAUGGGGGGCGCUGGCUACCAUAGUGGACCUGGAGGUGCGUUCAGCCCCCAUAUUCCGCACAGUACAAUAGCCCACUUAAUGGAUGGCCAGAGAGAAGAGAUCAGAAAGAUCACGCUACAUUAUGAAACACUGCUGCAGAGACUGAAGAUUAAAGUGAAGCACAAAUUUGCCGUGAACCAACAUGAUGGGCACCCAGGACAGUGUUUAGUAGACAUGGCGAACGAAGAAAACGUUUCAUUGGUCGUUGUCGGGUCACGUGGUUUGGGUCUUCUGCGCAGGACUAUUCUGGGGAGUGUCAGCCAUUAUGUUUUGCAUCAUUCAAAGGUGCCCGUGAUUGUGUGUCACAUUGAGAAAGGCAAAAGUAACUGUUGUACUGCUGGCCAACCAGUGGUCCAUGGGACCACAGAAAACCUCAAGUGGAAUUCCAAACACAGUAAAGAAGAGAAUAAACCAGGGAAACACAAUUCUCAUUUUCACAAGAAGCACCGUGAAAAAGAACUUGGGAAAACAGAUGGAGAGUAGUUUACCAAUAUUUUUCGUCCCGUCAACAUUCCAAGAGGAGACUGGAAAAUAUUAUUAAACGUCUUUCCGUAGUUCUAUGUGACUAAAUAAACCUUGAAAUAAA